AUGGAGGACACGUGUGAGAAGGCCGUAGAACAUGAGAGCGACGGGGAAGAUCCUGACUCUGCGGAAGCCCCACUCCUGAUUCGGGAGACUCCGGAAGACAUUGUGCUGGAAGCCCCGGCCAGCGGUCUGGCGUUUCAUCCUACCCGUGACUUAGUGGCAGCAGGGGACGUGGAUGGGGACGUAUUCGUUUUUUCAUAUUCUUGCCAAGAAGGAGAAACCAAAGAGCUUUGGUCCUCAGGCCACCAUCUCAAGUCUUGCCGGGCUGUGGUCUUCUCUGAAGAUGGGCAGAAACUUGUCACAGUCUCCAAAGACAAAGCCAUUCAUUUUCUUGAUGUGGAGCAAGGCCGACUGGAGAGGCGCAUUUCUAAGGCUCAUGGUUCCCCUAUCAACAGUUUGCUGUUGGUGGAUGAGAACAUCCUGGCUACGGGGGAUGACACAGGCAGCAUCCGGCUCUGGGACCAGCGGAAGGAGGGCCCCUUCAUGGAUAUGCGACAGCAUGAGGAGUACAUUGCAGAUAUGGCUCUGGACCCAGACAAGAAACUGCUACUAACAGCUAGUGGAGAUGGCUGCCUUGGCGUUUUCAACAUCAAGCGACACCGGUUUGAGCUGCUGUCAGAGCCGCAGUCUGGGGACCUGACCUCUGUAAACCUCAUGAAGUGUGGGAAGAAGGUUGCCUGUGGCUCCAGUGAAGGUACCAUCUACCUCUUCAACUGGAAUGGCUUUGGGGCCACAAGUGAUCGCUUUGCCCUGAGAGCAGAGUCCAUUGACUGCAUGGUUCCGGUCACUGAGAGUCUGCUGUGCACUGGCUCCACGGAUGGGGUCAUCAGGGCUGUGAACAUCUUGCCGAACCGAGUGGUGGGCUCUGUGGGCCAGCAUGCUGGGGAACCUGUGGAGGAGUUGGCCCUCUCCCACUGUGGCCGAUUUCUGGCCAGCAGUGGCCAUGACCAGCGGCUCAAGUUCUGGGACAUGACCCAGCUGCGGGCUGUAGUGGUAGAUGACUAUCGUCGGCGCAAGAAAAAGGGAGGGCCGCUGAAGGCCCUGAGCAGUAAAGCCUGGAGCACAGAUGAUUUCUUUGCAGGGUUGAGGGAAGAGGAUUCUGUUACACAUGAGGAAGAGGAGAGUGAGGACAGUGACUGA